GCCGGACAGCUACCGUGCACGUUGCAUCGUCGGCUCUCGGCAGUUCGGCACAUCCGCACACACCCUGGAGCUGAGGUCGAGCUGAGCCCGCGCGGCGCGCCAACCACCCUAUAAAACGUUCGGCGCCGCUACCGCCCGCGGUUCACUCGCCCGCCCCGCCUCCUCCUCUCCUCUGUCCGGUUGUCCUCCCCGGCCUGCCGCGGAGAAAACACGCGAGAAACGCGCGCGCGUGGCGGCGGCGGGCAGGCUCGCACCGAUGGGCAACUGCCAGGCGGCGGAGGCGGCGGCGGUGCUGAUCCAGCACCCGGGCGGCGGCCGCACGGAGCGCGCCUACUGGGCGCUCUCGGCCGGAGCCGUCAUGGCGGCCAACCCGGGCCACUACGUCGCCGCCGUCAUCACCACCACGCAGCCGGCGGCGGCCGCGGCGGGGGGCGCGCCCGCGGUCACCGUGAAGCACCUCAAGCUGCUCCGCCCCGACGACACCCUCCUGCUCGGCCGCGUCUACCGCCUCGUCAGCUUCGAAGAGGUGCUGAGGGAGUUCGCGUCGAAGCGGCACGUCAAGCUGAGCCGCGUCACGAUCAGGGCAAAGGACGACGAGGAGGAGAAGGUGAAGCCGGCGGCCACCAAGCACCGCCGCCGCCGUGCCAGCUGCGACAGCCGCGGCGGCGGCGGCGAGCGCAAGGAAUCCGACCGGUCACUCGCCAAGGUCAUGCGCCAGACGGAGGAGCCGGAGCCAGGCCAGCCGUCCUCCGGCCCCAUCACCCCCGACCACGGCGACGCGGCGGCCGACCUCGACGCCGAGCUGGAGGCGGCGCUGCUGCUCGGCCGGCGCGCCGCCCGGCAGUGGAGGCCCGCGCUGCAGAGCAUCGCCGAAGGGUGACCAAACCUCGCCGCGCCACGCCUGCCCGGCCGGCCGGUCGGUGAGCUGCCGUGCUCGGUGCUGGUCGAUGCCACGCCACCUGCGAGGCUGACAGCGUAUUGUAAAAUAAGCGAGGAAUUGCUAUAGUGCCCCCCCCCCCCCCCCCCCCCCCCCCCGUGUGUGUGUAUACCACCAGCUCCAAACGUGUAGUCUAGCAGUAGCAGUUGGCCAGUAGCAGCAGAGUAUUAAGGGCUUGAUUUGAUGGUGCUUGUAAGUUGUACGGUGGCGGAUCGGUAUACAGAAAGUAUCGCAUAAAAUCCUUAGUC